AUGCCACUUGUUCGACCACCUCUGCGAUUUCGUCAUGUUUUUGGUGAACCUGCAAGGCGUGAUGAAUGUUUUGAAGGGAUACCUAUUUCACGGGCAACCCAUGAUGGCCGUCUGACGGCCUGCAAUCCUUCACUAUUAGCCGUCACUAUUGAGUCAGCCGGCGGUGGAUCGAUAGCUAUUGUUCCUAUAUCAAAGCCUGGAAGAUAUGAAUUCGCUUGCCUUCCUAGGCUUUGUGGCCAUUCCGGCCCAAUUAUUGACGUAGAUUGGAAUCCCUUUGAUGAUCUUCUUUUGUCUACUGCUUCUGAAGAUGCCACCGUAAGUUUUUAA